AUGUCCUCACUUCUGAUGCUCGGGUCGCCAUUCGAAGUACCUCAUCAUUCUCUUCCUUACCUUCGUUUUAUAGUGUUAAAGAAAAGUUUGAAAUCCAGGUUACUUUACUGGUACGGAACAUUGGCGCUGUGGAAGAGAAACGUCGGUGGCCGUGGCCGAAAACCCCAGAUCUUCAGCUACAGUAACCACUAUUUUUUUCAGAGUUUAUUUUCCCGUUUUUCACUGCUUUCUGUCGAUUUUUUCUGUUGUUUUCUCCCAAACAAUCAGAAAAUAUUUCAAAAAGUUUUUGUUGGGCAAAUAGUUGACUGA